AUGGCACGAAAAGCGGCGGAGGCAGCAUUCCGCAAAUGCAUCGAGGCUGUAGAUCCGAGGACAAGUGUGGCAAAGGCGAUUCGCAUCUCAAAUCAUCGGUUGGUGAUCGAAAACUCGACGCAGGUGCCGCUCACCGAUGCCCACCGCCUAGUGCUCAUCGGAUUCGGCAAAGCGGUGAUCGGAAUGAUGCGCGGCGCGCAAGAAGCGCUCGGCGGCGCGCAUCCCGCAUUUCUCAUCGCGCCGAAACAAUUCGACAACGCCGACAUCGACGCGACAGCGUUCUACGCGGCCGCCGGCAAUCUUCCCGAUGACGAUUCAGUGACAGCGACAAAUUUCAUCGUGCGCCAAAUCGACGAAUUCGAUUCACGCGACACCGUCUUCGUGUUCCUGGUUUCCGGCGGCGGCUCGGCGUUGCUGUGCGCGCCGAUCGACGGCAUCGAGCUGCGCGACAAAUUGGCAACCAUCAAAUUGUUGACGUCGAAAGGCGCCACAAUUCAACAAUUGAAUCGCAUUCGCCAGAAAUUGUCAAAAGUCAAAGGCGGCCGACUUCUCGGCCAUAUCAAGCAAGGCAAAGCGGUCUCAUUAAUCAUCUCCGAUGUGAUUGGCGAUAAUCUCGAAUUGAUCGCCAGCGGUUCGACGGUGCCCCGAAAACACAAUCUCGAUCCUUUGGAAUUAUUCGAAAUCUUGAAAUCGUGCGACAUCGAAAAAACUGAACUGAAUCCAAACAUUUUGCGAAAACUCGAAGAAAUCGAAAAUGUGCCAAAUACAACGAGCUGCGAGACGUUCAAUUACAUCAUUUCGAGCAAUCGCGUCGCCGUUGAAGCCGUCAAAAAAUCGUUGACCAAUUCGGGCUACGAGGCCCACGUCAUCACGUCAAAUCUCGUCGGAAAUGCCACACAACUCGGAAAAAUGUUCGCAAAUCUCAUAAAAGGCAAUCGUGAAACGCUUGAAGAGAGGCUAUCUCAAAUCUGUUCAAACCAUCCAAAGAUCGAUUCAAGUUCCAACAAAAUUGCUCUAAUUUUUGGCGGUGAAACUACAGUAAUUCUAAAAGGAAACGGAAAAGGCGGCCGAAACCAGGAGAUGGUCCUCUCCUGCUUCAAUGAGCUUCGGGACCAUUCCAACUUCGCAUGGGACUUCACCUUUCUCAGCGCCGGCACCGACGGUCAAGAUGGUCCGACCGACGCGGCAGGCGCUAUAAUUUCGUCGCAGGACCUUCAAAGUGUCGAACCAAACCCUAUCGAAUUCCUAAACAACUCCGAUUCUUAUACAUUUUGGUCGAAAUUCCGCAACGGCGCAAAUCACAUCAUCUCGGGUUCAACCGGCACCAACGUCAUGGAUGUCCAAUUAGUUCUUCUAGAUAAACGAUAA